UGCGGCAACCAUUCUGGCUACACCCGAGAUAGACUCAGAAAUCAAAUGGAACCGCACCGCCUCCGAAGUACUUUUUAAGAGCCGGCGGUCAGGCCACCAUUGGAUGAAGAAGCUGUGACGUAUUCGAUUUCUACCGCUUGCCCGGGACGCCACCUGUUGGUUGUCGAGCGUUAACGCUGUUGAGCAAGGCAUUUGAUGGGCAGAUAGGCUGAUAAACUGCGGGAGCCUGGAAGAAAAGUUGUUUGCGCAACUUGUGGCGCUCGAUUAUCAGAGAACUCCUCUUCGUGUGUGUCAAAUGGCAGAAAGACCUAUUUGGGAGCAAAUUGGAACAAGUUUUGUACAGCUAUAUUAUCAACAGUUUGAUACCAGUGUUACCAGUAGGGAACAAUUAGGUGCCCUUUAUACAGAUGCUUCCUGUUUGUCAUGGGAAGGUCAGCAGUUCCAAGGAAAAGCUUCAAUUAUGGAAAAAUUGAUGAGGCUUCCUUUCCAAAACAUUCAGCAUAAUAUAACAUCCCAGGAUCAUCAGCCAGCUCCUGACAAUUGUAUCCUCAGUAUGGUUGUUGGCCAGCUGAAGGUGGAUGAUGAUCCAGUAAUGGGGUUCCACCAGCUGUUUGUUCUCAAAAACAUGAAUGACAAAUGGGUUUGUUCUAAUGACAUAUUUAGGUUGGCUCUGUAUAAUUUUGCUUGAAAUUUCAGCUCUUGGCCAUGCCUUUUACACCUUUUAUAUAUCAAAUAAAUUUUUAUUUUAAAUGU